UCUUAAUUUAUUCAGAUUUUGAUUUUUAAAUAUAUUAAAAAUAUUGAACUACUUAGGAGUAUUCUGUGGUGAUAUGAUUUUUUACUUUUUAAAUGAGAAUCACCUUAUCCCCUUUCUACUGUAAAUUAUUAAGCGGGUAUUUUUUCUGAAUUUUUUAUGUAUCUAAUUCGAAAUUCAAACGAGUCGUUUUGCAGUACUCUGAAGUAAAAUAUUGGUUAUGCGAAUAUUUUUAAAUUACCAUAGCCCCCACAUCUUUCAAAUCUAACCAUCACGGUUCUUCUAUUUUUAUUACACCAAGUUAAAUAACUAAAUAUCUAACCUAAGUCAGUGUUCAUAGUGUUUAUCAACUAAAUAAUUUAAAAUAGAAAAAGGCAGUUCUUAUAUGAAAAAAAAACAUCGAAAAAAAAUAAUUUCCACAACAAGACACUCUUUAAGUAUUAGGAUUACAAAAAAUGUCAAGGAUUGAAAAUACGGUAUUUGGAUAUACUUGAAAAUCAGAUAUUAAAUAACUGAAUUAUUAAUAUAGAGAUAACACGCUGAAUUGGACAGGGGACAAAUCAAAAAUCACCAAAAUUAAUUGGAGACCAGAAUUAAAUGUUUUGCUUACCUUACGCAUUUGUCUAAUUAUUGGAUGAGGAUCUGCUUAAAAUUUGACUUCUAAUCAAAACGCCGAAGCCACACUACUGAAUUUAUUUCACAAAUUGUCCAUGUAAUUGCUAACUUUUGUUGCACACGGAAUUUAACCAAUUUUUGCUCAAACCUUGUCCAGACUUCGAACGAUGAAGACCUCCAAUGCCGUUGUAGUUGUAUUCUUCUACAGUUCACUGUUGCAAGUGGUGCAAGUCUGUUUGUCUAUGCAUCCAAAUGGCGUUUACCAGGGCUUACACGAUACGAUGACGAUAGACGAACUGAACUAUUAUUUCGGAGUGUCCGAUGCGACGGAUGCACCCGAGUACGAAGUAGUCACGUUGUCCAAUCCAGCGGAUCGACCGGAUUGCACGUUUUUUGCUUUUGGCAGAUCGGUGAAAUUGUUCUUGGAACCCAACGAUCGUUUGAUCAGUGAUAAUUUCGUGUGGAAAAUACGAGACGAUUCGGAAUCAGUAACAUACGAAGAAAAAUCACCGAGACGAUGUCAUUACAUGCACCGGAUAAGCCAUACUGGUAACGGAGAUGUGACUGCAGCGUUUAGUUAUUGUCCAGGUAGCUCCAAAAACGGUAUUGUCUUUCUACCGGACGUCACAUACGAACUGCAGUCCAUAAGUGCAGGGCUGUGUCGAUACCGGUGCGACGACGACGGUCAGAACGCGUUUAUUUUGAAACGAGCACCGACAAUCAAUCAUACGUGGACUGACGGAUUCGACGUAUUGCAAAGACCUGGCGAAAACUAUGCUUUCAUGUCACCAGACCUUUUCGUAGAAGACAUGAAAUACGACGAGGACGAAACGGCGGCAUCGGUGGCAGCGACGACGGCAAUACCCGUAUUAGAGACGGCGCUUUAUUUUGACGAACCUGCGUAUAAAACAUUUUCGGAGUACUUUAAACACGACGACGAACACCUUGCCGACAUGAUUCUCGCCUACAUCAAUGCCGUUCAAGUAUUGUACCACCAUCCAAGCUUGGGACAAAAAAUCGAAAUCGUCUUGGUUAAAUUAGAAAUGUUCAAAACACAACCUGCAGACUUGCCACAUUACAAUGGUGAGAGGAGCUUGUUGUUGGAUUCGUUUUGCGCGUUCAACAAAAAAUAUCGAAAACAAGAACAAUGGGAUAUUGGACUCUAUAUUUCGGGAUUAGACUUUUACGCAAUGGAAAAUGGACACUGGAGUGGCUCCACCAUGGGUCUGGCAACUGUAGGCGGUAUCUGUUCAGAAAAAUAUUCGUGUAUUAUCGCUGAAUUCGGAUCUACGGAUGCUCUCGGAAAACCAUAUCCGUCGGCAGGCUUUACUUCAGUAUAUAUAUUGGCGCAUGAAAUAGGCCACAGUUUAGGUAUGCAUCACGACGGCAAUACGAACAAUUGUCCAAAAGAAGGUUUUAUCAUGUCACCAUCAAGAGGGAUAACUGGAGAAUUGUUAUGGUCAGAAUGCAGUGCACAAGUUGUAAAAAAUCUCAACAAUUUCGAAUGUCUCUUCAAGCAGUCCAGUAGUCGGCAUUCGACCACGGUCCAAAAGUUGAAUCACAACAAAUUCGAAGACAAGCCUGGCCAAGCGUGGGACGCAAAAAAGCAAUGCGAACUUCUGUUAUUGGACAACGAUGCUCGGGUAAUGAGCACCGAAACGAAUUUGGACUCGUCGAGACAGCAGCCAGAAGAUAUAUGUGAAAAUUUACAAUGUGAAACGCCAAACCGACCUGGAUAUUAUUUUGCCGGGCCAGCGUUAGAAGGAACCGUGUGCGGACCCAGCUCAUGGUGCGAGGCGGGAAAAUGCGUUAAAGGCAAACCGAAAAAACCCAAAAAGAUCAUAAAAGGUGGAUGGAGUCAGUGGAAGGUGCACGAGUGUACGUCAGGGUGUAUACAUAAGUCAAAAGGUUUUAGGUCCAGGACGAGGACAUGCAACAAUCCGAAACCGAUAAACACGAACGAGGGAUGCGAAGGGCCCAGACACGAAGCCGUUCUUUGUAAAGACGACAAGACGUGUCAGAAGUCUAAAAAAAUUACUGCUGUUGAAUACGCGACAACCAAAUGCAAGGAAUUAACCUCCAUACUGCCGGUAUUGGACAAAGAGUAUUCAGGUCUGCAAGCACCUCAUGAAGACGCUCGCCCGUGGAUGGGAUGUUCAGUGUUUUGCCGGCGCAAGGAUACCGGGUCAUUCUACACGCCCAGGUUGGACGUGUCAAACUUACCAGUCGAUCCGUACUUCCCUGACGGAACUUGGUGCCACUCCGUGGACAAUAAUAACUAUUACUGUCUGAAUCACGUCUGCACGCCCGAGGACGACUUGAAACGGUCGGGUAAGAGUUCGACCGAUUUGGUCGACGACUUUCCUAUGAUCAGCCAGAACGCUCGGCCGCCGGGGCCGUAUGUCGUACCGGAAAUCCUAUUGCGGUACUUAAGCGUGGGCGCUGACGGUACACCUUUGCUGACCACCAUCACGCCUGACAUGGUAGACCGAACCGAUUACGGUGAUUGGUCGAGCGACGAUUACGUGGACAUGCCAGAUAGACCUUUGCAGGAGCGCGUGCAGUAUGCCAUUAACAUGUGAUGAGACACGCGAUUAUAUCAUCAUUAUAGACGUUCAGUUUCAAAGACAUAUACUACCAAACAGCUAUAAUAUAUUAUAUAUUGAAUAUAUUAUAUUCAUAGUACAAUAGUAAUAAUAUUUAUAAUUUAGUCAAUUAUAUUUAUAAUAGUCAUAUGGAUUGACGUGCUUGAAAAUCUUAUCCAGAACUGUAAUAUAAGUAGUGAUUAAUAAUUAUAAUAUGCACUUAACCGAUUACAUAAUUAUUUCUUGUACACGUAAUACACAUACCUACUAGGAUUUCAUUUCGGUAUACUUUUGCGGUUUUUAAAAAAAACGACUAUGAUGAAAAAUAUAUUUUAUUUCAAGUGUAAUAUUUACGAUAGUAUCAACAAUUUUUAAAAAUCACAAAAUUAGUUUGAAGAAAAUCGAUGCGAUCAAUGCGGAUAAAUGUAUCACUCCAUAUUAUGUAAGCACGUAUAUUAUAUUACUUAAUUUUUUAGUUAAGCUUAGUAUUAUUUCGUUAGAUUAAUAUUGUUUUAUGUCUUGUAAGUUGUAAAUGUACGUAUAUUUAGGUGUCAGGUAGUUUUAUAUACAUAUUUUUUUAUUCAGAUUAAUGUAUCUAACGUUAUAAAUUUAGGUAUGUGCCAUAUAAAAAAUGAAUUUAAAAAAAAUAUAUUACAGGUCUAAUAUUGGUGAGUUUUGAAGGGUCGACUGUGGUGCAAACAUUUUAAAUAUUUUUACAUAUUAUUAACAUUUUGUAUUUUUAGAUAUUUUAUUUCUGUUUUUAAUAAGCGAUUAUAAUGAUGUAAAGAUUCUAUAACUACUUAAUUAUAAUAAUAUAUUGUCUUUUAUCUCAA